AUGAUGCAAAUUUAAAAUUUGAAGAUGGCUGUCAUCAAUGUUAAAAGGUUUGCUCUAUAGGUUGUUCUAAUUGUUAAUAAGGUGUUUGUAUUGAUUGCCAAUAAGGCUUCUCUUAUUUUAAACAUUAAUGCAUUGAAAUUAAUGAUAUCUUUUAAGAUCCAAGAUGUAACUUUUCAUGUUAAGAAUGCAGUAGUGAAGGACUUGGUUGUUUAGUUUGUUUAGCUGGGUUUAACAAUAUCAAUAAUGUUUGUUAUCCUAUAUGUGGCGAUAAAUUACUUAUCGCUGAUGAAUAAUGUGAUGAUGCAAAUUUAAAAUUUGAAGAUGGCUGUCAUCAGUGUUAAAAGGUUUGCCCUAUAGGUUGUUCUAAUUGUUAAUAAGGUGUUUGUAUUGAUUGCUAUGAAGGGUUUUCAAUAUUUAAGAAUGACUGUAUUGAAAUUUUCGAUUACCACCAUGAUCCUAGAUGUAAUACUUCCUGUUUGAAAUGUAGUAUUGGAGGAUAUGGUUGUUUAGUAUGUAAGUAAGGAUUUGAAAAUAUUAAUAAUGCUUGCCGAUCUAUUUGUGGAGAUAAAUUAGUUGUUGCAGAAGAAUAAUGCGAUGACGGUAAUUUAGUAUUUGAAGAUGGAUGUCACUUAUGUUAAUAAACUUGCCAUUGCAAAAGUUGUCAAGAUAGUGUUUGUGUAAGUUGCCCAAACGAUCAAUUCUUGUAUAAGAAUUUUUGUUAUAAUUUAAAAGAAAAUACUAAUCUGAGAGAAACUUCUAAUUUUUCAUUUUAAGAUUUGGAAAUAACAUAAACAUUCCAAUCUACAUUUGCAUCUCAUGAAGAUAGUAGAAUUUAACUUAAGAUCCUGGAUUUAAUUUAAUAAGUUUAUAAUGAGGUAUGUCAAAAUCUAGAAAGUAUAGAUAAAAGUUUACCACAUGUCCACAUAGAAAUCAUAAUCCAAUGUGCCACGAAUAAGAAAAUUAAGAGCCAAUUUUUUAAAUCUAAUUAUGAGAAAGGAACUAAAUUGUAAGAAAUUAUAUUUUUUCAACAAUGCCACAAUUCAUUUCAUCAUAGAAUAGCAUAUACUUUUAGACUUAAAAAAAUAGUGUUGAGAGAUGAAGUAUUGCUAAUCAGAAUUUUUGAAAAUUAGUUGAAAUUAUAUGCUUUAUUUGAUUAGGGCCCAUAAAGGCUUUUAAGCAUAGAGUUAGUUGAUAUUUGA